GGAGUACAGAGCUGGUUGUGUUCCUGUUUUGACAGACGUGGGAAUCAUAGUUUCGCAUUAAAAUUGAAUAAAAUUGAGACAUAAUGAUGCUGUCACUGUGCUGCCUCCUACUUGUUUUACUACUUCCUCAGUUUGAGACAUUCACUUUAACCUGUGACCAGUAUAUCCAUUCAGAGGUUGGUAAAGCUGUCACUCUCAAAUGUUCCUUUGAGAGCCGUUCCAACAGUAACCCGGUCGUGAUCUGGGAGAAGGUUGGCGAAAAACAAACCAUCCACGAAUACAGGGAUAAUCGAGAUGACUUCAGUGAACAGCACAAGAACUACACCAAGAGAACUGCAAUCGCAGGCAAUGCCGUCAACAGAGGAGAUGCAUCUCUUACUCUGAAGAAUGUUAAUGUUUGGGAUGAAGGAACGUACAAGUGCUAUGUCAGCACCAACCAUGGAUUUGAUGAUGAAACAAUUGAGCUGUCUGUAUGGGCAAAGGGUACUGGAGAUAUCCACAUCGUCUGGCAAACUAAUGAUGAUAAUGAUGACGUGCUGACUUGCAAAUAUUCAGGCUUGUACCCAGUACCAGAGGUUAGCUGGAAAGACACACAUGGCAAUGAUUUGGACAGCAUUAGUGAAACAUACCUGUCCAGGGAUGAAAAUGGAUUAUACCAUGUGGAACGUAACCUGAAGAGGGAGCGUGAAGCCAAAAAUCAAUGUAUCUGCUCCAUACAGCACAAGUGGAUGGCAAAGUCCAAGGCUGCUCGAGCUGUAUUCACAAAUGGGCAUGACAUGAUUCGUCUCGAUGAUGGAGAACCUUCUGCUGAUUUAUAAGUCAAAGGGCAUGCUACCAUUGAAGCUUUUCACUGUUGAAUAAUUCUUCUAUUCUUAAAUGACUUGCAAAGCCUGUCCAAAUGCAGGAUAGUACUAGUACUGGUGUACUGGUUCACACUGAGCAGAGUGAGCUAAUAUGUGCUGUCAGAAAAUAUAAGAGCUAAAAGCAGGAAUAUGCAGUUCUUCCUUUCUAGUCGCUCUGCCAUUUAGUAUGACCAUAGGUGAUCUCAACUCAGCCUCAAUAUUCUGUCCAUGUCCCAUAAGCCUUAAACCUGUAACUAAUUAAAAAUCAGUGUGUCUCAUUUUUCAAUUUAUUCAGUUUCUAGACAUUCACAGGCUGAGGUAAAACUGAGAUGCGGAGAAACUACUUCUCUCAGUGAAUCUGUGGAACCCACUGCCCCAGAGUGUAUUCGAUGCAGAAUCAAUUAACUGAUUGAGGAAAGAAAUUGAUAUGUUAGAACAUAGAACAUUACUGCAUUGUACAGGCCCUUUGGCCCUCAAUGUUGCGCCGAUCUGUGGAACUAAUCUGAAGCCCAUCUGUCCUACACUAUUCAAUUUUCAUCCAUAUGAUUAUUCAAUGAUCAUUUAAAUGCCCUUAAAGUUGGUGAGUCUACGACUGUCGCAGGCAGUGCGUUCCAUGUCCCUACUACUUUCUGAGUAAAGUACCUAUAGAACAUUACAGCACAGUACAGGCCCUUCGGCCCUUGUGUUUCUGAUGAAAAACGGGAUAAAUGUUUAUGGCGAGCAGGCAGGAAAGUGGAAUUGAGACCAGCAUAAGAUCAGCCAUGAUCAUGUUAUGUAGUGCAGUGGGCCCAAAGGGCUGAAUUGCCUACCGCCGCUCUUAAUUCCUAUGUUUGUUUCUGUGUAUGUGCCUAUGUAUGCUCCUAUGUAAUGAAUUCCACAGAUUCGCCACCCUUUAAGAGAAGUAAUUCCUCCUCAUCUCGUUUUAAUCUGCUACCCCUUAACCUAAAGCUAUGACCCUUCAUUCUGGAUUGUUUCCCAUUCCCACUCCACUUCUACUGGUCAAACCUUUCUAACAUCUCAACUAGUUCUCUUCCCAUCCUUCUAAAUUCUAGCGAGUUGAGCCUAAAUUGCUUAGUCUCAUCUCAAAAGAUAAGCCUUUCACCUUUCGAAUGGAUCGAGUGAACCUUGGAACUGUGUCCAAAAUAAUUUUGAACAAUUUUCUGAUAUUUUAAUUGAUUUAUUAAGCAGCAGUUUAGAAAUGGUGCAUUAGUGAAUUAAAAAAGAAAUUAGGCAGCAUGAUGGCACAGUAGUUAGCACUAUUGCCUCAUCACCAGGGACCAGGGUUCAGUCACAUUGUCUGUGUGGAGGUCCCUUAUUGGGUCUGUGUCUGUGUAGGUUUCCACCAAGUGUUCUGGUUUCAUCCCACAAUCUGAAGGUAUGCAAAUUAGGUGGAUUGGCUAUACUGACUUAUGAACAUUAUGAACAACUUAUGAGGUAUAGUUUCUAGAUGACUAGAUUGGAGGUGUAGUGGACAGUGAAGAAGGCUACCUCAGAUUACAAUGGGAUCUUGAUCAGGUGGGCCAAUGGGCUGAGGAGUGGCAGAUGGAGUUUAAUUUAGAUAAAUGUGAGGUGAUGCAUUUUGGGAAAGCUAAUCUUAGCAAGACUUAUACACUUAAUGGACAAAGUGAGGACUAGAGAUGCUGGAGAUCAGAGCUGAAAAUCUAUUGCUGGAAAAGCGCAGCAGGUUCAUGCCUGAAACGUUGAUUCUCCUGCUCCUUGGAUGCUGCCUGACCUGAUGCGCUUUUCCAGCAACACAUUUUCAGCUUAUACACUUAAUGGUAAGGUUCUUAGGAGUGUUGCUGAACAAAGAGACCUUGGAGUGCAGGGUCAUAGCUUCUUGAAAGUAGAAUCAUAGGUAGGUAGGAUAAUGAAGAAGGUGUUUGGUAUGCUUUCCUUUAUUGGUCAGAGCAUUGAGUACCGGAGUUGGGAGGUCUGAUACAGGACGUUGCAGCUGUACAGGACGUUGGUUAGGUCACUUUUGGAAUAUUGCAUUACAUCACAUGCAAUUCUGGUCUCCUUCCUAUCAGAAGGAUGUUGUGAAGCUUGAAAGGGUUCAGAAAAGUUUUACAAGGAUAUUGCCAGGGUUGGAGGAUUUGAGCUACAGGGAGAGGCUGAACAGGCUGGGGUUGUUUUCCCUGGAGCCUCAUAGAGGUUUAUAAAUUCAUGAGGUACAUGGAUAGGAUAAAUUGACAAAGUCUUUUCCCUGGGGUGAGGGAGUCCAGAACUAGAGGGCAUAGGUCUAGGCUGAGAAGGGAAAGAUAUAAAAGGGACCUAAAGGGCAACGUUUUCACGCAGAGGAUAGUAUGGAAUGAGCUGCCAGAGGAAGUGCUGGAGGCUGGUAUAAUUACAACAUUUAAAAGGCAUCUGGAUGGGUAUAAGAAUGGGAAGGGUUUAGAGGGAUAUGGGCCAAGUGCUGGCAAAUGAGACUAAAUUAGGUUAGCUAUCUGGUCAGUUUGGACGAGUUUGACCGAAGUGUUUGUUUCCAUGUUGUUCAUCUCUAUGACUCUAUAAAUUGCCCAUAGUGUUCAGGGAUUUUCAGGUUAGGUGAGUUAGCUAUGGUAAUUGUGGGGUUAUGGGUAUAGCAUGGGAGGUUGGAUCUGAGUGGGAUCUGACCUUCAGAAAGGUCAGUACAGACUUGAUGGGUUUCAUGGCCUCUUUCUGCACUGUCAGAUUUUACAUGCUUUCAGUAAAAUACCUGCUACAAGUCACUUAUUUAUUUAUUUCUUUUCUUUGCUCCUCACUAUUCUCAUUGACCCUGAAAGACUAAAUCUUAUGUCUCUGAAUCUCUUGUCAUAUAUCUGAUCACAGAUCUUCCUUUGUCCUUGCUCACGCAGUUCUUGCUCAAAUCCUAUUACAUUUCUCACUGUCUCACUUCUGAUGGAAAGUCACAGAUAACUAUUUUUAUUAACCUGUUACAGUUCUCCAACAUUUUCUGUUUUUAUUCCACGUUUUCAGCACGCAUAGUAUUUUUCUUUCAUAAAAUGUCCCUCCUGAUAUCAUCUCUGCAUUCUGUCUUAUUAUUCCGAAGGUCGGGGGGUUUAUCAGCUUUAGAAUAUUUCUGGUUUGUGGACUAAGAGCAUGAGAUAGAAUGGCCUACAGAAACCUGUCAGCCAGCAACUUCCUGAAAUUGAUUUGUUAUGUUAUAACCAGUGUGUAUUUUUCUUCAGUGCUUUCUUCUCUUCAUUUUCUUUUUCGGCACAGUGGCUCAGUGGUUAGCACUGCUGCCUCACAGCACCAAGGUCCCAGGUUCAAUUCCAGCCUUGGGCGACUGUCUGUGGGGAGUUUGCACAUUUUCCCCGUGUCUGCAUGGGUUUCCUCCAGGUGCUCUGGUUUUCUCCCACAGUCCAAAGAUGUGCAGUUUAGGUGAAUUAGCCGUGUUAAAUUGCCCAUAGUGCUAGAUGCAUUAGUCAGAGGGAAAUGGGUCUGGGUGGGUUACUCUUCGGAGGGUCGGUGUGGACUAGUUGGGCCGAAGGGCCUGUUUCCACACUGUAGGGAAUCUAUUCUUUUGCAUUCCCUUCUUGCAAGAGAGAGAAUUUAGAAAUCCCAUGUCUAUAGGCCCUAAUUCAUAGAACAUAUUAUGUUUGUAAUUUUGGAGAAGAUCAGCAGUCUGCCGAUUCCUGCACAACAGAUUGAAACAGGAAGACACAACAUGCUCACAGCCAUCCUGCCAUACUUCAAGGACAUUUUGGAGAUGACGACCAGACUACUCCAGCCCUUGGGCAUCAUGGGAGCCCACAAACCUACCACCACACUGAAACAGCUCCAGAUGAAUUUAAAGGAUGCCAUACCAACAACCAGCAGAAUGAACGUCAUACACAAAGUACCAUGACUGCAACAAACAUUACAUUGGACAGACAGGCAGGAAACUAGCCACCAGGAUAUGUGAACACCAAUUCGCCACUAAAAGACAUGAUCAGCUACCACUUGUAUCCUUACACAGAGAUAAUGAGGGACACCAGUUCGAUUGGGACAAUACAUCCAUCCUGGGACAGGCUAAACAAAGACACAAACAUUCAAACUGGAACUCCAUUAACAAACACAUUGAUUUGAAUCCCAUUUACCAACCUCUUAGAAAAAGAACUGGAAAUGAUAUCACCCACCAUAAUAGACCAAGACACAUAAAUAGCAACCAAAACAGUACACUGUCUGAGAACAAAUCUUCCAGCUCAGUGAGUAAACUUACAACCUGAACUACAAUCUGAGCUUUAAAUCUUUACAAAAGUUGCAAACCAAGGGAAUCCAUAUCUGAAUUUUUGACAAGGUUAAGAUAACUGACAGGCAUGUGAUUUUGAAUUAACCCUUAGUGAGAUGCUGAGGGAAUGUUUGGUAUAGAACAAUGAACAUAGAAAAGUACAGCAAGAACAGGCCCUUUGGCCCAUGAUGGUGUGCCGAGAUUUAAUCCUAAUGUAAAAUACAGUAACAACCUACGCACCCCUCAACUCACUGCUAUUCAUGUGCAUGUCCAGCAAUCACUUAAAUGUCCCCAAUGACUCUGCUUCCACCACCACCACCGCUGGUAACGCAUUCCAUGCAUUCACAACUCUCUGUGUAAAAAACCUACCUCUGACAUCUCCUUUAUACCUUCCUCCUAAUAUUUCAAACUAUGACUCCUCGUACUAGCCAAUCAUGCCCUGGGGAAAAGUCUCUCAAUAUUGACUCUAUCUAUUCCUCUCAUUAUUUUGGACACCUCUAUCAGGUCUCCUCUCUUCCUCCUUCUCUCCAGAGAGAAAAGUCUGAGCUUAUUCAACCUUUCUUCAUAAGGCAAGCCCCCCAGUCCAGGCAGCAUCCUGGUAAACCUUCUUUGCACCCUUUCCAAACCCUCUGUAUCUUUCCUAUAGUAGGGUGACCAGAACUGUACACAAUAUUCCAAGUGUGGCCUCACCAGGGACUUGUAGAGCUGCAGCAAAACCUCACAGCUCUUAAACUCAAUCCCCCUGUUAAUGAAAGCCAAAACACCAUAUGCUUUCUUAACAACCCUAUCCACUUGGGUGGCAACUUUGAGGGAUGUAUGUACUUGCAUGCCCAGAUCCCUCUGUUCCUCCACAUUGCCAAGAAUCCUGUCUUUAAUCCUAUAUUCAGCAUUCGAGUUCAACCUUCCAAAAUGCAUCACUUCGCAUUUAUCCAGGCUGAACUCCAUCUGCCAUUUCUCAGUCCAGCUCUGCAUCCUGUCUAUAUUGCGCUGCAGCCUGCAGUACCCUCUAUACUAUACUACCUCCAACCUUUCUGUCAUCUGCAAAUUUACUAACCCACCCCUCAACCUCCUCAUCCAAGUCGUUUAUAAAAACUACAAAGAGCAGAUGCCCAAGUACAGACCCCUGUGGGACCCCACUCAACACUGUCCUCCAGGCAGAAUACUUUCCAUCUACAACCACUCUCUGCCUUCUGUCAGCCGGCCAAUUCUGAAUCCAGACAGCUAAAUCUCCCUGUAUCCCAUACUUCCUGACAUUAUGGAUGAACCUACCAUUGGGAACCCUAUCGAAUGCCUUGCUGAAAUCCACAUGCACCACAUCCACUGCUCAACCAUCAACCUGUCUUGGCACCUCCUCAAAGAAUAAGAUUUGUGAGGCAUGACCUGCCCCUCACAAAGCCAUGCUGACUGCCUUUAAUCACACUAUGCUUUGCCAAAUAGUCAUAAAUCCUAUCCCUCAGAAUUCUUUCAAAAACUUUGCUGACCACAGAUGUAAGACUGACUGGUCUGUAAUUGCCAGAAAUUUCCCUAUUACCCUUCUUGAAAAGAGAAAUAACAUUCGUCUCCUUCCAAUCCUCCAGUACGACUCCCGUGGAGAGUGAGGAGGCAAAGAUCCUCACCAGUGGCUAAGUAACCUCCUUUCUCGCUUCCUGGAGCAGCCUAGGAUAAAUCAGUCUUAUCAAUCUUAAUGUUUUCCAAAAUUUCUAGCACAUCAACUUCAAGCUGUCCUUUGAAGCUGGACAUAAGCCACACUUAUCUGCAAUUGCAACUAGAUGAGGAAUCCAAGGUGUACAUCACAAUUAAUACCCAUGAGGGUUUGUACCAAUGGCAUUUGACUGCACUCUUUUCCAGCGAACCAUUUUGCAAUAAUGCCAAUACCUACAUGAUGUAAAAGUAAUUUAAUUGCCUCAGUGAAAAUUAAACCAAGACCGAGCCUGUGCUCUAAAUUGUGAAUAUUUCUGAGUAAGUCCUUUAUUCUAUGACAUGGAUCGAAUAUUAUCAUUAGGUAGAAGUUUGUUUUUAUACAUGUAUCCCUGAUUACUUUUUAUUAUAAUAUUAUUCUUAUUUCUGUAAUUAAGGAAGACAACAAAUUGUGUAAGCUUAUAAAAUGAUUGUAGGAGAUUUUUCUUUAUUCAAGGAGUGCCAGUGUUGUUGGGUAGGUCAGUCAAUCAUUAACCAUCCCUAAUUUCCCAGAGGGCAAUUAAGAGACAAAAACAUUUUUGUGUGUCUGGAGUCACGUGUAGGCCAGAUCAGGUAGAGACAGUAGAUUUCCUUCCUUAACAUCAGUGAACCAUAUGGGUUUUUAUAACUGACAGUAACCACAUGGUUGCCAUUAGGCUAACUUUUAAUUCCAGAUUAUAUUCAUAGUUUGCCACCUGCCAUAAUAGGAUUCAGACCUGUGUCCCCAGGACAUUGGCCUUGGUUUCUGGAUUGCUAGUCCAUUGACAUUACCACAACAUCACCUGUUCAAGUUACUCCUGGAGCAGUGUUUUGUGUGACAGAAAUCAUUUGGAUUUUCUGAUCUCAAGGAUGCAUUCCCUACUUCGUGUUCGAUUCAUAUAAGACUCUGCACUUUUAUCUCUUGUCUAAUCAUUUUGGAUAUUUGUUUCUGUGAUUUUAUUAUUCUUGUGAUUAUUUUUUGACGCAAAAGAUGCUUGAAAUAAAGUUCAAAUAUCUAGGAAACAUUGGUUGAAUUUUCACUUGCCUUCUGCAAAAUCUUUUGUCUCAUUUAUUUCUGCUGUAUCCUCAUUUAUGAUAUUAUUUUCUUACCUCUCAUUUCCUGGAAAGCACUUGGUGCUUUAAGAUGUACCAGGUAAGUCAGUUUCAGCAGUUGAGGCGUGAAUGGGAUUGUCUUGGAAAUGAGAAGAUAAUUGUGUUGGGCAGCGCCGACGGCAACUUCUGUCUUAACGCUUUGAUGAAUACAUGUUCAGGAUGGCAGUUGUUUCCUGUAACCUUUGAAAAUUCUAUAAAAGUGUUUCAAAUUGUG